CUCCUAGCGCGGGUCCUACUUGCUGUGCACGGGGCGUGGUGCCAGAGAAGCGCCUGCUGCCUGAGCAGAGUGUAGUCGGCGCGCCCAGCGGUGCCUCCUCCCUAGACUCCUUGAACGUCUUCAGGUCAAAGCCUGCAGAUUGUGCGUCAACAGCAGCGAAGAAGAAAGAGGAAGUGCCUGUUUGGGUAUUAUUAUUUCUGGGAUGUCCCCAUGAGAGAUUGAAAUUUGUGAGCAUCAUUAGAGCUGAUCCAGAGAAGACAAACAUAGAGCAUCCCAGUUGCCGGCAGUGUCAUAAGGACCAAAGAAAAUGACCAAGGCUCAGAAAUCCAGAAAGAUGGUGAUCAUAUGCUCGAACACUCGCAACAUGAAAGAUACAUGGACAGAAUGGAACAGUGCUAUGAAUUUAAUUCAUUGGAAAUUAUUGUUUCUCAGCACAAAAAUAAUUUUCCUCUCAUGGAAAAUUAUGAGAUGUUUGGCUUUCAUGAAGAAAUUGUAGAAUCAGAUUUAAUCAUUCUUAAAUUAAAUCAGAACAGACGCAACAAAAUAAAGAGAUCAGCUGUGCUCAGUGGAGAUGGGAAAACUUUUCUCCAUGUUGAACAAGAGCAAUUUUGUACUGACAUGAAAGUCCCUGAGUGUGAACAAUCUAGGCCCACGAAGUCACAGUGGAUUCAGCAUCAGGAAUCUGAUGAAAUUGAGAAAACACACACGGGUGAUAAAUGUGGGACAACCUUCAUUGAGAAGUCUUUGCUCUGUGAGCACCAGACCAUUGAUAUACUAGAUAAGACCUAUGAAUGCAGUCAGUGUGGGCAAAAAUUUGAUAAAAUGUUCAAACUCAAUGAACAUCAUCAGAAAGCUCAUGAAGGACAAAAACUGUAUAAAUGCUUGGAAUGUGGCAAAGCUUAUCAUAGUAAAUCAUACCUCCAGGAACAUCAGAAAACUCAGGUGGCACAGAUGCCCUGUGUAUGCAGUGAAUGUGGGAAAGGCUUCACCAGGAAGAGUGAUGUCACUGCUCAUCAGCGAAUUCAUACUAGAGAGAAACCCCAUGUAUGCACUAAAUGUGAAAAAGCCUUUAUCAGGAAGAAGUACCUCACUAUUCAUCAGAAAAGUCAUACUAGUGCGAAACCCCAUGUCUGUGGUGAAUGUGGCAAAGCUUUCAUUCGGAAAACACAGCUCAGAAGUCAUCUACAAACUCAUACAGGAGAAAAACCCUAUGUAUGUGAUGAGUGUGGUAAAGCUUUCAGCCAGAAGCAAUGCCUUAAAGCACAUCAGGCGUUUCACACAGGAGAGAAACCCCAUGUAUGUGGUGAAUGUGGAAAAGCCUAUAUCUGGAAGACAGCUCUCACUUAUCAUGAGCAAACUCAUACUGGAGAGAAACCCCAUGUAUGUGGUGAAUGUGGCAAAGCCUUUAUCAGCAAAACUUCUCUUACUUUUCACCAGCGAACUCAUACAGGAGAGAAACCCUAUGUAUGUGGUGAAUGUGGGAAAGGCUUUAUCACGAAGGCUGCUCUCACUUUUCAUCAUCGAACUCACUCAGGAGAGAAACCCCAUGUAUGUGGAGAGUGUGGCAAAGCCUUUAUCAGGAAGACUUCUCUCACUGUUCACCAGCGAAUUCAUACUGGAGAGAAACCCCAUGUUUGUGGUAAAUGUGGAAAAGGCUUCAUUGAGAAAGCACAGCUCAAUUCUCAUCUAUGGACUCAUAUAGGAGAAAAUCCCUAUGUAUGCCGUGAGUGUGGUAAAGCUUUCAGCCAGAAACAACGCCUUAUAGCACAUCAGAGAUUUCACACAGGAGAGAAACCCCAUGUAUGUGGUGAAUGUGGAAAAGCCUUUUUCUCGAAGACUGAGUUCACUGAUCAUGAGCGAACACAUACUGGAGAGAAACCCCGUGUAUCUGGUAAGUGUGGCAAAGCCUUCACUCAGAAAGCACCUCUCAGAAGUCAUCUACGAACUCACACAGUAGAAAAACCCUAUGUAUGUCGUGAGUGUGGUAAAGAUUUUAGCCGGAAGCAAUGCCUUAUAGCACAUCAGGCAUUUCACACAGGAGAAAAGCCCCAUGUAUGUGGUGAAUGUGGAAAAGCCUUUAUCAGGAAGUCUGUUCUCACUGUUCAUCAGCGAACUCAUACUGGAGAGAAACCCCAUGUAUGUGGUCAAUGUGGCAAAGGCUUCAUUCAGAAAAUACAUCUCAAAACUCAUCUACAAGCUCAUAGAGGAGAAAAACCCCAUGUAUGUACUGAAUGUGGCAAAGCUUUCUUACAGAAAUCAUCUCUCGAAAGUCAUCUGCGAACUCAUACAGGAGAAAAACCCCAUGUAUGUGGUGAGUGUGGUAAAGCUUUCAGCCGGAAGCAAUGCCUUAUAGCACAUCAGGCGUUUCACACAGGAGAAAAACCCCAUGUAUGUGGUGAAUGUGGAAAAGCCUUUAUCAGGAAGGGUGCUCUCACUUAUCAUGAGCGAACUCAUACUGGAGAGAGACCCCAUGUAUGUGGUGAAUGUGGCAAAGCCUUUAUCAGGAAGGGUGCUCUCACUUAUCAUGAACGAACUCAUACAGGAGAAAAACCCCAUGUAUGUAGUGAAUGUGGCAAAGCCUUCACUCAGAAAACAGGUCUCAAAAAUCAUCUACGAACUCAUACAGGAGAAAAACCCUAUGUAUGUGGUGAGUGUGGUAAAGCUUUCAGCCGGAAGCAAUGCCUUAAAGCACAUCAGGCGUUUCACACAGGAGAGAAACCCCAUGUAUGUAGUGAAUGUGGAAAAGCCUAUACCUGGAAGGGUCAACUCACUGUUCAUCAGCGAACUCAUACUGGAGAGAAACCCCAUGUAUGUACUGAAUGUGGAAAAGCCUUUAUUAAGAAGAAUUCUCUCACUGUUCAUCAGCAAACUCAUACUGGAGAGAAACCCAAACCCUAUGUAUGUACUGAAUGUGGGAAAGCCUUUAUCAGGAAGACUGCUCUCACUGUUCAUCAGCGAACUCAUACUGGAGAGAAACCCCAUGUAUGUGAUGAAUGUGGAAAAGCCUUUAUCAGGAAGGCUACUCUCAUUGAUCAUCAGCGAACUCAUACUGGAGAGAAACCUCAUGUAUGUGGAGAGUGUGGCAAAGGCUUCAUUCAGAAAAAACAUCUCAAAACUCAUCUACUAAUUCAUAUCUGAGAAAAACCUUAUAUAUGUGGUGUGGGUUGGAAGGUUUUAUCCGGAAGAAUUUCCUUAUAGCACAUCAGAGAUUUCACACAGUAAAGCAGUCCUUUGCAUGAAUUAAAUGUGGGAAAUCUUAUAUGUAGAAGUCAAGUCUCAUUAAACAUGAGAAAAUUCCCAACGAGAAAACUUUUCAUUAGGGUUAGUGCAACAAGCUUUCAAAACAAAGGAGAAGGUGCUAGAGUUUAGCCUGGACCAAGCAUGGGAACAGACAAUUGUGACUUACCAUGCAGGUACCCAUUCUCUGAAUUGCUGUCCCUCUACUGACAUGGCCCAUCGGUGUGGGGACAGGGCCUUCCAGACCUCCACAUGGCACAAGGGCACCUCAUUGCUCUUCCAGCUAUCAGUGCCUGAAAGAGCUAAACCUGCUUUUUCUGGAUCACAGCUAUACCAAACAGUAGAUUGCCCACUCAGUUGCCAGUAGUGCCCACCCCAUCUGCAUGCUCAUUGUUACUCCCAGAAACAGCACCAAAGUACUGUAAAAUAAGAAGAUGAUAGAAGAUGUAUGGGAACAACUAAUCCAGAGGACCAUUGCACCACAUUGAACCUCAGCCUCCGCGACCCUGAGACGAGAACUAGAUGGUGGCCAGCUUCCAAUGCUAAUUACUCAGAAAGGGAUCGCAAAAGAGAAGCAUGAGUUGAGUGGGAGAACAAAGUGGAACAAAACCCCAAAUCAGGAAAUAGAUCGGGCUUACUGGUCUGAUGGAGACUUGGAAUCUUAGUGACUAUGGCCCUUAGUGACUCUUCACUCCAGGAAAUGUACUCACUCCUCUGACUCAUCUUUCAGCUAAACAAUAUACCGGCUUGGAGGGGAAGAGGAACAUCUGAGAGGUAUACAGUCCUUAGAACAACCAACCGUAUCAAAUCAAAAGGAUAGCAUUUGCUUAUGGAUAAAAACUCUUAAAAGCAGGAAGGAACAGGAAAGAAGGUUGAAUAAUGAUGGUAAAACACAGGGAGGGUGGAAGUGGGAAGAGUGCUAGUACAUCUUAGGGGCUGCAAUCAAGAUAUGAAUUGUUGAAUGGAAAACCAAUUUACUGUGUAAAGUUUUAAAUCAUUAUUUUUUUUAAGAGCUCAUGUCACAUCAAUGAUUUGAUGGAAGGAAUGGGGUAAGGGACAAAACUAAAAAGGGUUGGUCUUUUUGGUCCUGGGUGGUGCCUCUUUCAGGAGCUGAACUUGGACAAUUUGAGGGGCCUCGCUAUGGGUGUGUAGAGGAGACAAAGCCUGGCUUUUUGAUCCUGCAGGAGUCAAUGGGGGCACUUCCUCCUUGCAAGGUUUAAUAUAAGGUUGGGAAAGGUCAGACUUCUUGGGAAGUGUAGGGUAAACUGCCUUAGGGACUGGCUCCUGGGAUCUUGGGCUAGGUGGUGCACUACCCUUAGUUGUCAACAAAGGCCCUGAGUGGGAAUUUGCUAACAUUACCUGGAGAUCUGCCUGCUUGGCACAUUUCUGUAAUCACCAUGGGGGUCCUGAAGAAGAUUUAGCCUAGUGGUUCUCAACCUUCCUAAUGUCUCAACCCUUUAAUACAGUUCAUGUUGUGGUGACCCAUAACCAUAAAAU